CUGUGCUCCACAGCAAAACACAAACCAUUAGGAUUUCCCUGUAACAAGCAAACACUAAAUAGUCUGCAGAAUGGAAGGCUAAUAAAUGCACCGACUAAGACUUGAGACGGAAUCGAAAUAUGCACUGAUGAAAUGUGGAUUAACAGGUGGAAAUCGAUGCAUGGGACAAUGGAAUCUCACCCCGUGGAAUGCAGCAGCAGCAGUAUGAGGAUCAAAUGAAGCGAACUAUUUUGGAGGAAUCUCCCUGGAAAGCGGACUCGUGUCUAACAGCCUGCAGCCAUGAGUGUCCGACCCCCGACCUCAACUCUAGACAGGGCAGCCGUCAAGAAACAGACGCACCUGCCCAGUCCUUUCGCUGCGUGGCUGAGCAGCUUAACCAUCGGGGACUCGGAGCGCAAGGCCUCCUCGGCUGGCCAACAGAAGGACCCCCUGCCGGACAUCACCAUAGAGGGAACAGGUGCUGGACUGGUGCAGAGAUGUGUGGUGGUCCAGAAGGAUCAGUUGGGUUUUGGCUUCACUGUAUGUGGAGAGAGGAUCAAACUGGUCCAAAAUGUCAGGCCAGGUGGUGCAGCGGUGAAGGCCGGCGUGCAUGAAGGGGACCGGAUCAUCAAGGUCAAUGGCUCACUCGUCUCGUCCAUGUCCCACCAAGAGGUGGUGAAGCUCAUCAAAUCUGGGACGUAUGUGGCUCUGACCCUGCAGGGUCCGGCUCCCUCGACAGCAGCUGUUCCCCUCCAGCCCCUCUGCACCGACCUCCUGCCCAAUCACAGGACAGCGUCGCCCCCUCCAGCACCGCCCCUUCCCCCCUCCACACCAGGCAGCUUCUCGCACAGAAUCACCGGACCCAAACCACUUCAGGACCCAGAGGUGCAGAAGCACGCCUCGGAGAUCCUCAGGAAGAUGCUGGAACAGGAAGAGGCAGAGCUUCAGGAGCUGCUGGAGGAGUGUUUGCGAAAUCCCACCCCCAUUUUGGAGGAACGAAUAGAGAGUGCAAAGAGGCGGUCCCAUCAACUCCGAGUCAAACUUCAGCAAGAUCUGGAUGGGAAGCGAUCAGAAUCAGUGACAAGCUAUUUAACCGCAGGAGAAGGGCGACUGUCUGUGGAGUCCAGUGAAGGAGACUUUGAGGUGUGUGAGAGCCCCCACUCCUCCCCCUCCUCCUCCUCCCUCCGGAUCCCCCUGCACCGCAGACAAGGCUCCGACACACACAGCACCCCUGAGCCGGGUGGGAAGGCCCAGAUCAUUGGCCCAGAGGAGGAAGAGGAGGAUGAGGAUGGGUACACUUUCAACGAGGUGGAUGGUCCUUUCCAGGAUCUGGAGCUGUUGAAAUCUCGUCCAGCUCACAUGACUGUCUUCAUGCGAUACGUCUUCAGCCAGCUACUUGAUCCCAACCCACUACUGUUUUACCUGUCUGUGGAGGCGUACCUGGGUUCCAGCACUAAGGACGCUCGCAAUCUGGCCCCUCAGAUCUGCACCCACUUCCUGGAUCAUGAUGCCCCGCUCAGAAUAAAAGUGAGAGAGGAGUUCCUGACAGAUAUUGAGAGCCGGCUGCAGGCUCAGGAGGACAUCAGAGGGCCACUCUCUGAACUCCAGCAGCAAGUCCUGCCCGACAUCCAGGACCAGAUCCAGGACUACAGGAGUAAGCAGAUGAUGGGACUGGGCUCUCUGUUUGGAGAGAGUGACCUGCAGCAGCUGGACGGUGACCCGGCUAAGGAGAGGCAGGUGGUGGACCGGCAGGUGACUGCCCUCUGGGAGAUCCUCUCGAAGCACGAGGAGGACAGAAGUUCUCCUCUGGCAUCUGCGGUGCUGCUCUACCUGAGACAUUCGGGCAUUAAGCUGCGGGACUCGCGUGUGUUUCCAGGCCUCAUCUCUGAGAAAGAGAAGUGGCUCCCAUUCUUCCCCAAGGCUAAGAGGUUAAGUAGUGGCAAGAAGGAUGGUGAGGACAAGAAGAGAAACCCCAUCCUGAAGUACAUUGGCAAACCCAGGAGCACGUCUCAGUCCACGUUCCAUGUCCCAUUGUCCCCCACAGAAGUCCGUCCAGGUAACGUGCGGAACAUCAUCCAGCAGUUUGAGAACCACUCGGAGAGUGUUGGGGAGGAGGGGGAAGACGCUGAGGGCCAGCGCCUCUCGACCAGCAGCCUUGGAGAGGAGAGCAUGGACAGCCCGACGGUCUCUGUGCGUUUGGCUCGCAGUGAGUCUCUGAAGGCCCAAGGGGAGGGGCGUCGCCGGGGCAUCACCACGGGGGCAGAGUCAGUACCUCGUUCCCGUAGCGAUGUGGACAUGGAGGACUGCGGGGAGGAGAGGGAGGGGCCGGGCCUGCGGCCGUUACAUCACAGCGCCUCGUCCUCAGCCUCCAGUAGUUCAGCCAGGUCUCUGGAGAACCCCACUCCUCCAUACACUCCUCGCACUAGACGCAGGAGUGUGGAGCUACCUGCGCUGCUGCUCCCAGAAGCCCCUGCUCUGGAGGAGGACGUGCCCGAUGGGCAGAACUGGCAGGAAACGGUGGACGCGCCCAUCCUUGCCUCGCUCAGCCCGCGGGAGGUCGAUUGCCAGGCUGUCAUCUAUGAGCUCUUCAUCACGGAGGUGUCUCACCUGCGGACACUACGGGUGCUGGACCAGGUGUUCUUCCAGCGCAUGCGCUCGGUUCUCAACUUCGACGAGCUGACCUGCAUCUUUCCCAACCUGGCACAGGUCUACGAGCUGCACGCGAGUUUAUGUGACUCCAUGAAGAAGCUGAGGGAGUCCCCCAUUGUGCAGGGCAUCGGUGAUGUCAUGCUGGCCAGGUUUGAGGGCACGGCAGGAGAGGAGUUUCAGGAGCAGGUGUCUCAGCUGUGCAGUCAGCAGUCUCAGGCCCUGGAGCUCAUCAAGAACAAGCAGCGCAAAGACCCACGCUUUGCUCACAUCAUACAGGAAUGCGAGGCCAGUCCUCACUGUAGGCGGCUACAGCUGAAGGAUAUGCUGGUGUCUGAGAUGCAGAGGCUCACCAAAUACCCACUACUGCUAGACAACAUCAUCAAGCACACAGAGGCUGGUUCCUCAGACCUGCAGCCUCUCCUCCGAGCGCAGGCCUGUUGCCGCGGGAUACUGCAGACGGUCAACGAGUUUGUCAGGGAGACGGAACACAGGCAACGGCUCAGCCAAUACCAGCGCAGGCUGGACAUCUCGCAGCUGGAGAGGCAGAGCAAUCCGGUCGCAGCGCAGUUUAAGAAUCUGGACCUGACCACCAGGAGGAUGAUCCACGAGGGUCCACUCACCUGGAAAGUCAGCAAAGAUAAAGCACUAGAGGUGCACGCGUUGCUGCUGUGCGACCUGCUGGUGCUGCUGCAGAAGGGAGCGGACGACCGGCUGGUGCUGCGCUGCCCGUCACGCUGGGGCGGUGGCGUAGGGAGCGGCAGCGGCGACUCCAAGACCUCCUUCUGCCCCAUCGCCCGCCUCGACUCGCUGCUCGUCAGACCGGUGGCCACAGACAACAAGGCCUUGUACGUCAUCAGCACGUCGGAGCGACAGAUCUACGAGUUGGUAGCCGGGACUCUCUCUGAAAAGAACACGUGGAAAGAUCUGUUGGAAAAGACAAUCUCAUUGGCCACGGAGAAUGCAGGCUCGACCAAACGGGGAUCGCAACAAACGACCUCCAACCUGGACUCCCCUGGUGGCCCUGUCUACCAGCCAGAAGUGUCGCUGACGGAGAGCCCCUGCUCCAGGGAGAGGGACUCGCCCAGUGACGAGGACAGCGUGCUCACGCCCACCACGCCAGCCGACACGUCAGCCUCCUUCCUCGGCAGUGACCAGCAGGGAGGGAUAGCAGAGGCAGCUCUUAACGAUGUGGAGACCCUGAGGCAGUUAAUAUUCCGCGACCUGGACGACUGCUGGAGCCAGGACACAGACAACACGCCCACCAACGAGACGGCCAAUGAGAGAAGCCCGCUCACCGAGGGACAGCAGCCUGAGCCCGUCGAGCCUACCGAGCCUGAGAACUCUGACGGCCCCAGCCAAUGGGAGACUGAGGUAGCGGACGGCCCACCGCCACAGGUGGAGUCGCCCACGGUGAAAGUUAUGCGGAAAGCUGUGGGUGCGGGUUCUCCUUCUCUUCCUGACGACAUCACUGAUGAUGUCAACAUCCACUCCAGCCAAUCGGCAGAGUCGAGAGGCAACAUGUUCUACCUGGUAAUGCCCCAAGACUCGCCGGCUGGCUUUUCAGAGGAAAGCAGCACGGAUGACGUCACUCGCCCCCCGUUACUGGAGGUGACGUCGUCACCGCAGCUGAACUCCGAAGAAAGUUCCAGCGAUAUCGCCUGUGUCCCACUGACCAAUGACCAACCUGAGAGCCAAGACCCGCCGCCCAGCAAAGACGAAGUGACGAGCGGCGGCCAGUCGCCUGUGAGCACCCGGCGGCACGUGGUGAAAAACGUGGAUGAGAUCUUCCACACCAUCGGAGAGCUGAUGAGCAAACUGCACAAACUAAGGGAAAUAGAGGCGGCUCACUCUCAACUUUUGACAACACUAAACAAGCCCUCCCCAGCCAAUCAGGCGUUAGCUGACGUCAGGCCGAACACGCCUACCGUCGCCAGGACACCCUCUCUGGACCGAGGGACUUCAGGAGACGGAAAAGAAGGAGGCCCCGUUGAACCCAAACAGCCUGAGAUCCAGUCCACGGGCUUCUGACACUACACUGGACACACACACACACACACACACACACACACACACACACACACACAGAGAGAGAGAGAGAGACUGUUGGACUGGAACUCCAGCUACCACUUGUAAUCCCAGCCCAGACCCAUUUUCUACCCAGCAUGCCUUGCACCAGGAAGCAGUAUCCUGACCGUAAACUUGUGUGUUGUUCCCUUGUCACUCACGCUGGCUCGUUAGAAGGAGAAUAAUGAAAGACAAACUCUUGACUUCACAGAAUCAUGGUAAAUGGGGAGAGAGGGGGGGGGGGGGGGGGGGGUAAAUGCUUUAAAAUGACUGACAGGGUUAAGUAUGAUAAGAGAGAAACUGAAACUAAAGAGAUGAUUUGAAGACUGAACAUUGGAGAAGAGAAGAAAUGUGAAAGAGAAAAAAAAACCAAGUAGGACUUGCGAGGAAGUACUGUGGUAUCUUAAAUGUGUUGAAGAUGUUCCGAAGUUGGCAAAGGUAAGAAGGAAGGAAGGAAUGGAGCAUAAGGAAGAAAUGGCAGAGAGCAACUGCUGAAAAGAGAGAAAAUGAAGGUUGAUCUGAAAUAGUGAAGAGAACAGAGGAUAAACAGUGGAUCUCAAAAAAGGCUGACAGAGGAACGAUUCUGUCUUUCAAAGGAACCUCGCCUCGCCCUACCACCACACCCCCCAACACACAGACACACACACACACACACACACACACACACACACACACACACACACACACACACACACACUCGAGCAGUCACACCCACCCACCUCCCAGCACUUUACCCAUAAUGCUUCUGUACACCAUGCAAAGCCUCCGCCAUGUAGCAGAGACAAUUGGACAGGGAAAGCGCCACAUCCGACUCCCAUGUUGGCUCGCCUCCCCCCACUGUGAUGCACCCACUUGCGCGUACCUAAGACUUGAAAAGACUUGAAGACUUGAAAAUGGCGGACAGAGCCAAAAUGGCGGUGGCCUCCAUCACUGGUUGCCUUAGUGUACGUGCCCUGCUACUGAGGCAUGAAGGAACAGUCUGAAGAAGGAAUGAAACAAAAAAAUGAUCAGGUUCUUUUUCUUUGUACGGUGACUCCCCUACCUUUGGGGUAGGGCCUGAUGAGGACUAGGACAUUGCAUUAACCACAUUCAUCACAUCACGGUAUAUGUAUAUACACGCUUUUUUUGGUGUGUCAACAUUGGAGGAAGGAGAGAAAACAAUACACAAUGAAGGAAAAGAGAUUCUGUCUGUUCAUAUUUCUUUUGUUUUGGUUUGGUUUUGUUUUUUGUUUUUUCAACUGAAGGAAUGCCGAAGCAGACCCCUGUCUUGUCGCUAGCACAAGGCUGCUAAAGGACAGAGUCUGGUUUGGUGUCCAUGGCGACAACCCCCCACCCCUGGCACCAUACCACUGCAACACUACUGCACUGCUCUCUACUGUACUGUUGUGCCGACAACAGCAUCAUUCCACACUGAUGUAUAGAAGGACCUUGUAACGCUAUUGUAUUAAGAACCUACACUAUUUAUGAACUCUGUCUGACAUGGACAACAAAGACGCAAAAACGAGACCCGAAGAACGUUGGAAAAAAAACAUCUCAUCGCUGCACCCCCAACUUCAUAGCAGACGAUUCAACUGUAUGUGUAAAUACUGUGAACAUUGAUCCCAGGCCAAGACCCCGACCCCCAGCCCACCCCACCCACUUCAACCUUCUGCAGGCCUUUUCACUACUGCCCUCGAUCCCAGGCACCAGUCUGGGGGCUCACGGGUACACAAAGGGAUAAGGACUCCUAAGACUGGGUCGCGUAACUGUAGAUUUCCACGGAGACGAGAAAUCUCUCUAGUUCUCGGGUCUCCCACACAUAUUUAACCUUAUUAAACAACAAUG